AUGGCUGAUACUCUAAGCCUCCACGGAAAAGUUGCUAUCGUCACUGGCUCGGGUCGCGAAAAUGGCACUGGUGCUGGCAUAGCUCUCGCACUUGCUCGAAACGGCGCUUCAGUAACUGUCAACUACGUCUCCGAUUCAACCAAAGAGCGAGCUGAGAAUGUCUGCGCAUUACUCCGUGAAGCAGGUGGCAAGGCCAUUGCUGUCCAAGCUUCGGUCGAUACCAUCGAGGGCGCCCAGCAUCUUGUCAACAAGACACUCGAAGGUUUUGGUACAGACCAUAUCGACAUUCUAGUCAAUAAUGCCGGAACCGCUUAUUUCAGUCCCAUCACACAACAGCCGAAUGUGGAAGAACUGUCCAAGGUCUUUCAACUAAACGUUCUUGGUGCUUUCUACAUGGUUCACUACGUCAUUGCCCACAUGCCCCCAGGUGGAAGAAUCAUCAACGUGAGCUCUACCAAUGCGAAGAGAGGAAACGUAAAUAUUUCUUCCUAUGCAGCGUCAAAGGCAGCUUUGGAUAGUCUAACAUGGAGCUGGGCGGGCGAGCUCGGCCGCAGUAAGGGCAUCACUGUGAAUUCUAUCGCUCCUGGCCCCGUCAUCACAGAUCUAUAUCCAAAGGGCAAAGAGGAGGAGUUGACGAGGGACGAGAUCGCUAUCACCAGAGCUGCGGAUAGGGCUGGUACAACGGAUGACAUUGGCGACGCCGUCCUUUUGCUGGUAAAUGAGAAGUCGAGAUGGAUAACGGGACAGUACAUCAGUACCAGUGGUGGAGUGACUUACUAA